GAAGUGGACUUGUAAAAAGUAAUGGAGUUCAACUCGUGCCCUGUGUUUUGGGUACAACAGAUAGUCCGAGCUGAUUAUUACAGAGAAUCCUGUUCAUAACAAGAAACGUACAGUCUUUCUUUUUCCUGUUCAUCUGAGUUUUGGUAAAAAGAAUCUUAGGGCUCACAUAAAAGCUUACCUUCAGCUCAUCCAAAAGGAAGUGACAAAUCUAGACUUUCUAGUUGCACAGACCUACAACGUAAUAUAAACAGAAUGGAAAGUCCAUCAAAACAGCCUGACCAUAAUCUUCACCUCCAUCCAUCUUCAAAAAGAACACUAUUCAGUAGAGAGGGUCAAAUUACAUACAGAAUUCCAGCACUAAUCUACAUCAAUGACUGUCAGACCUACUUUGCCUUUGCUGAAAAGCGGAAGACAUAUGACGACAGUGAUGCAGACGUCUUGGUUCUGAGGAAGGGUAAACGGCAGGAUGGAAAAAUUGAGUGGUCACCAGCUGAGGUGCUCACCGAGGCGUGUUUAGAAGGAUAUCGCACUAUGAAUCCCUGCCCGGUCUACAAAUCCAAUACGCUCUUUUUAUUCUUUAUCUGUGUGUUGGGUAACACCCCUGAAAACGAACAGAUCCAGACUGGUAAGAACAAGGCUCGCUUGUGUUACAUCAGCAGCACAGACCAUGGUCAGAGUUGGAGCAAAGUGACAGACUUGACAGAAAGUGUGAUUGGAGAUGAGAUUAGUAAUUGGGCUACAUUCGCUGUUGGACCUGGGCACGGCAUUCAGAUGAAGAGUGGAAGACUUAUCAUUCCUGCUUAUGUCUACUACAUUGAAAAGGGGUCUGACACCACUUCCUAUGCCUUUGCGCUCUACAGUGAUGACGACGGCAAGACAUGGAAAAUGGGAAGUAAAAUGAAGGCUGAGUCUAAUGAGUGUCAGAUGGCAGAGCUGAUUGACCAGGAAGGCAAAAGUCAGCUGUACUGCAACGCCCGAACCAGAAAAGGCCACAGAGUAGAGUCUUGGAGCGAGAAACACACUGAAAUUGCUUUUGAAAGAUGUGAAAAGUCACAGAAGCUGGUGGAGACUGGCUCAGGUUGCCAAGGUAGUGUGUUGAGCUUUCAUGCAUUUGAACAUGCCAAAGAGGAAAGCAGCUCCUCAACACCUCACACAAACACUUGGUUACUCCACUCACAUCCAUCUGACAAAUUGUCCAGAGAGAAUGUUGCAGUUUAUCUGAACAAGGCCCCUUUGGAUGCCUCUGGUUGGAGCAAACCACUGAUCAUCCAUAACGGCCCCAGUGGGUACUCUGAUCUGGCUCACUGUGAGGAUAGAAAGACCUUUGCCUGCCUCAUGGAAUGUGGAGAGAAGAGAGAGUUUGAAGAGAUAGCCUUUGUGGAGUUUUCUUAUGAUGCCACAAGCAAUCAGUGAUUAGCACUGAGCCUAAUAAUUCUUUAAAAUGUGAAUUAACUUACUAUUAUUAUUAUUUUAGAGACAGUUUAAAAAGAGCCAAACUACCAACAAUACCAGGCUCUGUGGAAAAAUCCUGUCACCAUGUCUUUCGAUUUCUUUUGUCAAAGUAUAAUCUAAGAUUGUUACACAUAGAGUAAUUUAAUCAUUUUUUGAAAAAUUUCAGAAUAAUACAAGCAUUAAGAUGUCACGCAGAGGAUUUGGAUGUGAAAUGCACCGUUCUAGAGAAACCUAGACAGAAUUGUUCACAGUGGUGGUGAUAGGAACCAGACAUCCAAAGUGUUUAAUGCUUCUAAAAGCUAUCUCACAUAAACCUAUUGCACAAAAUGGUUAUGCCUGAAACAUUCUUGAAUGUAUGUUUUACAAUAAGGCCUGAAACUAAUUUUAAAACACAUGCAGAGAGGUACAGGUUGUAAGGAAAAUUAGUACCCAAAUAAAAUAUCUGUAUUUUCCUUGUAUGCAUUGUAAACAUCUGAGUCGUGAAGUUUCUCUAUGAUGCAGCAUUUCACAUCAGAAUUGUUUUGUUCAUCAGUGAAUUGUGUUGUUCAUAUUUCAGCAGUUGAAUUCUGCAUAUUUUGAAAAAUCAUUGGAAUUCCCCUUUAAUCUGAUGUAAAUUUUCAUUUGAAACUGUAUUGCUCUUUUUUGGGUGCUUCUAUAAUGCUAUUCUGAUCACUACCACCUUUAUUGGAGAAAUAAAAAUGUUUUCACUAUA